ACCUUCUUCCCUCACAACAAGUCCUUUUCCGAUAACUUUCUCUUCUUUUGUUGGUGUUAGUGUUUUUGUAUGCUAAAUGGAAAUCCCCAUGAAACUCAGAUUCACUUUGUGCUCUUUGCUUUCCUAGUAAUCUCUAUCUCUCUCUCUCUCACACACACAAAAAAAUGGGUCAUCACUAUCACCGCCGUCACCGUCAUCGUCACCAUCACCACCUGAUCCUUUUUGUGUUCCUUCUUCUACACACGGCGGUGAAGGUUAAGAGCAGUACCCUAAAUUACACAAGUUACAGGGAAGUGAGUAGCUUAAGACUGGAAAGGAUUCAACGGCACUUGGACAAGAUCAACAAGCCCCCUAUUCUCACCAUAAAUAGUCCAGAUGGUGAUAUUAUAGAUUGUGUUCACAAAAGAAAACAACCGGCUCUAGAUCACCCCCUUCUCAAGAAUCACAAGAUCCAGAAGGUGGCGCCAAAGGUGCCAAAGGGGAUGAAUGUUAAAAAGAGAGGGACGACGAUGGAGGAUGUAGUGAGCGGCGGGGCAUGGCAGAUGUGGCACCAAAACGGGACACGGUGUCCAAAAGGAACGGUUCCGAUACGGCGGAGCACGGUGCAUGACGUUCUGAGAGCAAAAUCUUUGUAUGAAUUUGGGAAGAAAAAGCGAAGCAUGGCAAUGUCUUUAUCACGGCGGCGCAUUGAUGCACCAGAUGUGGUCAGCGGCAAUGGCCAUGAGCAUGCGAUUGCGUACACUGGAUCAUCCCAAGAAGUUUACGGAGCAAAGGCCACAAUCAAUGUGUGGGAUCCUUCCAUUCAAGUUGUGAACGAGUUUAGUCUCUCUCAAAUUUGGAUUCUUUCUGGCUCCUUCGACGGUUCUGAUCUCAAUAGUAUUGAAGCUGGAUGGCAGGUCAGUCCGGAGCUGUAUGGUGACAGCCGACCCCGUUUAUUCACUUACUGGACGAGUGACUCGUACCAAGCAACGGGAUGCUACAACCUUCUCUGUUCCGGUUUUGUCCAAACAAACAGCAGGAUUGCCAUUGGAGCUUCCAUUUCUCCAAUCUCUUCUCUUGACAGCAACCAAUACGACAUCACCAUCCUCAUUUGGAAGGAUCCAAAAGUAGGGAACUGGUGGAUGAGUUUUGGUGACAGCACAUUGGUAGGGUAUUGGCCGGCGGAGCUAUUCACACACCUCGCCCAGCACGCCACAAUGGUAGAGUGGGGAGGCGAGGUGGUGAAUACACGUGUGACCGGCCAACACACUUCCACUCAGAUGGGAUCCGGGCACUUUGCCGAGGAUGGAUUCGGAAAAGCAAGCUACUUCCGGAACCUGGAGAUCGUGGACACAGAUAACAGCCUGAGCUCAGUGCAUGUGAUAUCAACCCUAGCGGAGAACACAAAUUGCUAUGACAUAAAAAGCUCCUACAGCAAUGAUUGGGGCACUUACUUUUACUAUGGUGGCCCUGGCAACAAUCCUCAGUGUCCUUGAUUAUCAUUAAUUCCUUUAUAAACAUAUAUACACUAUAAUUAAUUUCCAAUUAUUAAUUAGUAAGUCAUCUUUUUUUAAUUUUCCUGUCAUAUUAUUCUUUAAUUGUACCUAAAUAUAGAGUCUUAUUUUGGAUGGAAGGAAAAGAAAGCAUAAACACUACUGGAAAUGGCAAGAAGACUUCUUGAAUCACCAUUUCUAUAUAUAAAAUGCUUAAUUAUUCUA